CGCGGUGGCGUCAUCAGCGCGCGCCGCACCCGGAAGAGACGUGGCACCGGAGGAUAAUCGGGGCGGCUUGGGCUGAAGCAGGCAUAACUACAGCGGGGUUUGUCAUGGGACUUUGCAAGUGCCCCAAGAGGAAGGUGACCAACCUGUUUUGCUUCGAACACCGAGUCAAUGUCUGCGAGCACUGCCUGGUAGCCAAUCACGCCAAGUGCAUCAUACAGUCCUACCUGCAGUGGCUCCAAGACAGUGACUACAACCCCAACUGCCGCCUGUGCAACACAUCCUUGGCCAGCCAGGAGACAACUCGCCUUGUCUGCUAUGAUCUCUUCCAUUGGGCCUGCCUCAAUGAACGUGCUGCCCAGCUCCCCCGAAACACUGCGCCUGCUGGCUAUCAGUGCCCCAGCUGCAACGGUCCCAUAUUCCCUCCAACCAACCUGGCUGGCCCUGUGGCCUCUGCACUGAGAGAGAAGCUGGCCACCGUCAACUGGGCCCGAGCAGGACUGGGGCUCCCUCUGAUCGAUGAGAUGAUGAGCCCAGAACCUGAGCCCCUCAAUUCCUCCAGCUUUUCUGACUGGUCCAACUUUAAUGCUACUGACUCCCCUGAACAGGAGAAGACAGAAAGUGCUUCUGCUCCCACGGUUUUCUAUAGCCAGGCCCCCCGGCCCCCUUCAUCUCCCAGCCCACCUGACCAGCACACAAUCAUCCACAUGGGCAGCUCUGAGACCUCGACUCAUGCCCCGAGGAAGGUGUAUGACACACGGGAUGAUGGCCAGGCACCAGGCCUCCAUGGGGAUUACGACGAUGACAAGUACCGCCGCCGGCCUGCCCUGGGCUGGCUGGCCCAGCUGCUCAGGAGUCGAGCCGGGUCUCGGAAGCGGCCACUGACCCUACUACAGCGGGCAGGGUUGCUGCUGCUCUUGGGGCUGCUGGGUUUCCUGGCCCUCCUAGCUCUCAUGUCUCGUCUGGGCCGGGCUGCAGCUGACAGUGAUCCCAAUCUGGACCCACUCAUGAACCCUCACAUCCGUGUGGGCCCCUCAUGAGCCCUGGUUUGUGGCUGGGCCGGCGCAGGACCCAAGGAGAGAAGGGGAGGAGGCCUAGAGGCUCUUCUCCACUUCUCCACUUCUCUCCCUUAAGCCUAAGACACUAAGAUCCCAGGCCCAAAGCGGAGGCCACCAGGGCAGCUGCAGCCUGGCCCUGGAGUCCUACAGGCUAAGCAUUUGUCUUAAUUUGCUUCUCCUUGAAUCUCCUGCCUCCCACCCCAAUCCCUUGAAGGAGCUGACAGGGACAAAUAAACAACAGACUUUAUUAAAACACCCAAGCAGCCUUUUCCUUAUCCCUUCUCAGCCUUGGCCCCGUCCCUAGGCCUCAGUGACUUUCCUGCCGGUGCUCAAUGGUCAGAAACUCCAGAGACAAGCGGUUGAAGAACAUGGCUCCAUUGAGUACUGUCAGAGGAGAGAGCUAUCAGCCCCACACCCUGCCCCUCUUUCCACAUCUGAGUGCUAAGCUCCCCCCUCCCUGCCCUCUGGCCAUGCCUCUCCCUACUCACUCAAGAUGGUUAGGGCAAAGCACUGGAAAUAUUUAUCAUCUGCCAUCUCAGCAUAGACAGAUCCCAUGGCAGCCCAGCAGACGCUCAUCACCUGGGAGAACUGUAGGCCCAUCAGUGGGACGGCAGCUCCCUACCCACCCACCAGCCAGGCUUUCUCCAGCCCCUCAGGAGCCCCCACCAUUAGGAUAGGCGUGUAGUAGAAGCUCAUGCGGUCGUAGUGGUGGGUGAUGUAGAAGUGGUACAGGUCGCUGGCAAAGAUGCCCAGAUGGAUGAAGAAGAGCAGAAGUGCAGCCACGGUGAGCAUCAUGCCUUGGGGGAAGAAGAGCACAGCCACACGGUCCCGCCACCGCAUCCUGAACGCAGAGGGGCCUCUCGUCAAGCAGGACACUGGCCAGGACACCAACAGAACCCCCUGGUUCCACGAUGCCCCGUCUCAAACAACUGUGGGAUUCCAGAGCCAAGAGGACACUGGAGGGGUGAGGUUCUAGAACCCAGGCUGAUUCCAGCAAAGACAGUGUUUUGAUGGGUGAUUGGGGGUGCUGGGAAUUGUGGGGGCCUAGACAGGAUGCAGAGUGGUGGGGCUGUGGGUGUUGGUGAAUGGACGGUGUCAUUACACAUCCCACAGUCCCACACAGAUAGCGUGGGCACAUUCACUGACUCAGAAGAGUUAAGGGGCAUAUCUAGGCCUGCAGCAAGUCUGGAGUUGACGAGACGUACACUCACAUGGGCAGGUGAGGGGAGGCCUGGGCUGGACCCCAGGUUUCAAGUUGGGUCCUUUACUAAGGUAAAGGACAAAUACAUGCUCUGUGGUCACCCUGGGGCCUUUCCUGUGCCCUCCCCAGGUGCAGCCCAGAGAACAACUGGCGUUUCCAGGACCAGUGCUUACCAGCUUUCCCCUCUCCACCUUCAGAUGUGUGGACAAUUCACACCCCUCACCUUCCUCUCUGCAGGAGGCCCCUGAGAAGGCUUGUGGCUUCAGUCCUGUUUUGAGUCUGAGUCUGAGGCAGAAGGGGAUUGUUUUAUUCAAGCUUUCAUGGUCAGUGAGCCAUACUGAGUCUAUUCUGAAAUUAAACUCUCAUACCACUCAUACUUUUUUUUUUGUUAGCAGGUAUUGAACCUUUGGUCUGCCGGAACCACUGAGUUAAAUCCCUGGCCCCUGUUCAUACUCUUUAAGAGUUGAGAUUGUAAAUGCUGUCAACAAAAUUAGCCAGAAAAAGUCAGUAAUGGUGUGGAGGGACAGGCAAACUCUGAAGGAUUGAAGUAGGAGGAAGGGAAGGACUCAAUGCCUGGCACUGGAGUUAGGUUCGAGACUCACUCCUCCAAGCAGUGGAUUAGAUCCUGUGCCCGCCAUCUUUGCUUGCUGCCUCAGUUCGCCACUGGUCUCCAUAGUUCCUUGGACCUCGUACCUGCCACAUUGCUGUGUUGUUUUGUUUUGUUUUGUUUUUGUGGUGCUAGGGAUAGUGCCCAGGGCCUCGAGCAUGCUCCGUCCUCUACUGCUGAGCUACACCCCAGCCCACUAUGGUUUGAAUACUGAUUUGUCCCCUAAACCUGUGUGGUAGUUAAAUCCCCAACUAUGUUAAUGAUAUUAAGGGAGUGGAAUUUUAUCUGGCUGUGUAAUUUAGAGGUGAGGCUUGAGAAGUAAUUAGGUAAUUAGGUAAUUAGGGUAGAGGUCCUUUGACAGAGUCCUGGUAGGUUUGUGAAAAUGAGACCACACAAGGAAGAUACACAUGUCACGGAAGGCCCUUGCCAGAACCUGAGAUUUCUACCAUCUAAAGCAACAACAAAAAAACCACUUCUUUUAAAAAAAUAAAGUGGC